UAGUUUUUUCCUUUGCAUGGCCCCAGACUGGAACGCAUUCAACCGCUCAUCUACAUUUAAAAGAAAAAAGUGUGUCAAGGGAAGGAAAUACAACACAAACAAGGCAUGACAUGUAUAGCUAUAUAAAGAUGGGGAAUUCACAAGCCCUCACUAUUCGCUGAAUGGACCAGUUCCACGCUGAGGACGGAUUACAAUACUGACAGCGCACCUGCUUUUCUCAAGAUGCACAUCUCAGUGCUUUUCAAGGUCAUACUGUUGUUGGCGAUGGGAGUACUGUUGCUCGGAGCAGAUCAUUCUCCUGCAGGACGCAGAGGAAAGAAGGAACGGAAAAGGGAUCCAGCUAAUAGGGGCUCCAAAAGAAAGGCCAGAAAACUGUGGCUAAGUUUUGAUUCUGCAGUAGAAAGCCAACCAGAUACCUACCAAAUAUCUCCGAGUCAGUCAAUAUCACCAUGGACAUAUGAGGUCUCUUACGACGAAUCCCGCAUUCCGAGCCGCAUCUUCGAGGCGAAGUGUGAGAGGACAGGCUGCUUGAACAAAGAUGGAAGUGAAGACAUUGGUCUGGAAUCGAAACCCAUCUUCUACCAAAUCCUGGUGCUCAGAAGAGUAAAGGGCAAAAAGAAGAACUAUUCCUUCAGGCUGGAGAAACAUACCACCAGCGUGGGCUGCACAUGCGUUUCACCUAACGUCAUCUCUCACAUGUAGUGCUGCAGUGCCAUAUUUGACUGAAAGAAAUGUGCCUACAGCUUCACAGCCCUCUAUAUAUCCUAUUCAUGCUCAUAGGUUGCUCUAUAUUGCUUUCUUUUUAGCUCAGGAAACUAUAAAACAUAAAGGGCUUGACAUGAAGAACACCUUCAAGAGCCUAAACAUUUGAACUCCUCUCGCAAACGUUCUUUUGUCUGCUCAACUCUUUACUGUUUUUAGUCCUGAGUCUCAGUUAACAAUAAAAGACCAACAAAAAGACAAAGCACAGAUUAGUCGUUU